GUCAGGGCGCAAAGAGAGAGAGAGAGCGAGGGGAGGCGAUGAGAGGAAGCUGCAAUAAACACACAGGGCGUCUGCGCCUAUCUAAGUAGGACAAUAAAGUGAAAACGGUAUCAAUGCUCUAACAAUGGAUCUAUCAGAUAUGCUUCUUAUCAAAGUUUUCCUCUUCGUGUACCUACUAAACUACACCCAAGGACACUACAGAAAUCCCCUGAACAAGUACAUCCGCCACUAUGAAGGCCUGACUUACGACACAGAGCUUGUGCACAGCAAGCAUCAAAGGGCCAAGAGGGCGCUAUCUCAUGAAGACAAGUUCCUUCAUUUAGAUUUUCAUGCCCAUGGAAGGCAUUUUAAUUUGCGAAUGAAGAGGGAUACCACCUUGUUUUCCCAAGAUUUAAAGGUUGAUGUUUCAGGAGAAGAAAUUCCAUUUGAUACCUCUCAUAUCUACACUGGAGAAAUCUUCGGUGAGAAAGGUACCCUGACUCAUGGCUCAAUUGUGGAUGGUAAGUUUGAGGGCUUCAUUCAGAGCUACCACGGCACCUACUACGUGGAGCCUUCUGAGAGAUACUUGGAGGGCAAGGAUGUGCCCUUCCACUCUGUCAUCUACCACGAAGACGACAUACACUACCCUCACAAGUACGGCCCAGAGGGAGGCUGUGCUGAUAGCUCAGUGUUUGAAAGGAUGAAGAAGUACCAAGCCUCUGCCGUAGAGGAGCCACCCAAGGAACUCCACACUGAGGAUGGCUCCUAUGACCCCGUGCUGCUCAGGAGGAAGAGGAUGGCCCAGGCUGAGAAAAAUACCUGCCAGCUUUUCAUUCAGACUGACCACCUCUUCUACAAAUACUACAAGACCAGAGAGGCUGUCAUUGCCCAGAUCUCCAGCCAUGUCAAGGCCAUUGAUGCAAUCUACCAGGGCACAGAUUUCAUGGGCAUUCGCAACAUCAGCUUCAUGGUGAAAAGGAUCAGAAUAAACACCACCAAUGAUGAGAGGGACAGGUCCAACCCGUUCCGCUUUGCCAACAUUGGCGUGGAGAAGUUCCUGGAGCUCAACUCGGAGCAGAACCAUGACGACUACUGCUUGGCUUAUGUUUUCACCGACAGAGACUUUGAUGACGGAGUGUUGGGUUUGGCCUGGGUGGGAGCCCCCUCAGGGAGCUCUGGAGGCAUCUGUGAAAAAAGCAAGCUGUACUCAGACGGAAAAAAGAAGUCUCUCAACACUGGUAUAAUCACUGUACAGAACUAUGCCUCCCACGUACCUCCAAAAGUCUCCCAUAUCACUUUUGCUCAUGAAGUAGGACACAACUUUGGCUCCCCGCAUGACUCUGGAUCUGAGUGCACCCCUGGAGAAUCCAAGAGCCAAGACAAGAAGGAGAAGGGCAAUUAUAUCAUGUAUGCAAGAGCUACAUCAGGAGACAAGCUCAACAACAAUAAGUUCUCCAUAUGUAGCGUUCGCAACAUCAGCCAGGUGCUGGAAAAAAAGAGAAGCAACUGCUUUGUCGAGUCUGGCCAGCCCAUCUGUGGUAACGGCCUGGUGGAGCCAGGAGAGGAGUGUGACUGUGGCUACAGCGAUCAGUGCAGGGACCAGUGUUGCUAUGAUGCCAACCAAGCUGACAACAAGAAGUGCAAAUUAAAGCCCAACAAAGUCUGCAGUCCCAGCCAGGGUCCUUGCUGUACUGCCGAGUGCACAUACAAGGGUCGUAAUGACAAGUGCAGGGAGGAGUCAGAGUGUGCUCACCAGGGCAUGUGUAAUGGAGUCAGUGCCCAGUGCCCCACGUCUGAGCCCAAGGCCAACUUCACUGCCUGCCACGGAGAGACUCAAGUCUGCCUCAAUGGGGGCUGCUCUGGCUCCAUCUGUGAGAAGUAUGGGCUCGAGGCGUGCACCUGUGCCAGCCAAGAUGGCAAGGACGAGACUGAGCUUUGCCACGUGUGCUGCAUGGAGAAGAUGAAUCCCAACACGUGCAGCAGCACCGGAUCAGAGCGCCUGGCUCGUUUCUUUAAUAAGAAAGUGACCACGCUGCCAGCCGGCUCGCCUUGCAACGACUUCAAGGGUUACUGCGACGUGUUCAUGAAAUGCCGUCUGGUGGAUGCAGACGGACCACUUGCCAGGCUAAAGAAGGCCAUCUUCAACCCGGAGCUCUACGAGAACAUUGCAGAGUGGAUUGUGGCCCAUUGGUGGGCAGUGCUGUUGAUGGGUAUUGCCCUCAUCAUGCUCAUGGCUGGCUUCAUUAAGAUCUGUAGUGUGCAUACACCGAGCAGUAACCCCAAACUUCCCCCUCCCAAACCACUUCCAGGCACUUUGAAGAGGCGGCGAGCGCAGCAGCAUGCUAACUCCCAGGUGCAGCACCAGUCUCAGCACCCGCACUCCCACCAGCACGGCCACGGCGGCCACGGCGGGCACGGCGGCCAGCGGCAACCCCAGAGGCAGCCUCAGCGGCAGGCGCAGCCCCAGAGGCACCACCGCCAGCCCAGAGAGAACUAUCAGAUGGGCCAGAUGAGACGCUGAGACCCUGCACCCCACCCCUUCCUCCCCCCCAAUGCCUUGGCUCCUCCUUGUGCCUACAGUGGGAAACAAAAGCGUCACUCCAUCCAAAGAAAAGCCUGACAUGGUUGUUAGUCACCAUCAUAUCCUCCAUCUACAGACAAAACAGACACGUGGAAAAGAGAAAACACUAUCUAGCAACUCAAUUGGCUCUUUGUGGAGUGGACUCGACCAUCAGCCAUUUCCAAUGCAGUGUGAUCUAGCAUCUUUUUCCACCUUUUUUUCUUUUUUUUAAGGAGUGCCAAGGAGUUAAGGAAUCAUGUGUAGCUUUAGUACAUUCUGUGAUGUGUUUUUUUUUUUUUUUUCUCUCUCUUUGGUUCUAUUGCAACGUCUUCUUGAGUGACACACCCAUGGCUGCUGGUGAAUUGUUCUGUGCUUUUCUUUCGCCAUUCAAGCCAGAAAUGAGAGACGCUCAGAAGGGGAUUUGCGGCACUUUUCUGAUUUACACAUGUCAAACGGCAAAAGACACAGGCUCCGGUCUCUCGUGCAGACAGUCUUCUGCAUGUGACUGUACAUAUUUAGUGUAUCAUAAGUGAAAACAAACUAUUUCUUCUACUGUAAAUGUGUAAUUCUUCACUUUUUUUCUUUUAUUUUUUGGUUAGUGCUCUCAGGACUCUUAACACAUAAAAGAAGGAAUGAUGGUUGUGAGGAGUUCCUUGGACAUUGCUGUUGAGGAUUUGAGGCCAUCAAGUUCUCUUGUCAGUCGUCCAAUCAGGUGGAUCUCUUUCACGUUUAGAUUGCUAGGUUUCAAAGUUGAACAACAAGGUCACCAUAUCCCACAUUUUAGGCCUUCUUCGUUCAAGGUCCCUUUUUUCUUCAUCCUUUUUUUUUUAUUGUCUUGCUAUAACAUCAUGUUUUGCUCAUGUUGUGUAACAAGCUAGAUGAGGUAUAGAGUCAUGGGAACAGAAAGGGAAGAUCACCUAGUUUGGUAUACCUUUUUAUUGUCUUUACGGAUUUUGAUUUUGAUAAUGAAGAAUGAAUAACCACUAAAUGAAGUUUAUGAUGAUUCUACCUGUUGAGAUAUGAAAACAAGGGAAAGUGAAGGCUGCUGUGGCUUAGUUUAGAAACGAGAGUGUAUCAUGUUACAGAGUUAGUUUACAUGAGUGUGGAAAUAAUAAAUUUAAAAAUGACUCCAGUGUGGAUGUACAAAAAAAAUGUAAAAUUAAAUCGUUCUAUUAUUCUUCAAGAUAGCAAAUCUAAGAACUUUUCAAUGUGGGCAUGCAGACACAUUUAUUAAAUGUGACUAUUAAUUGACCAAGGUCUGUAAUAUUUGUAUGUCACUCAACACUCUUUGCUUUGACAACUAUUAAUGUUAGUCUUUAAACAAGUGGAAGGAGCAGUGUAACGCGGCGGUAUUGUCACACUAUUCACAAACACAUUCCUCAGUGUGUUCACUCGUUUCACUGGAGACAAGCAGCUGUUUGUGUUCUUUAAAACUCACCUGCGGUUUUUCUCCUGGUCAGAUCUCAUCAUGGACUGAAUCCCCUUAAGAGCUCAUGAGUGCGGGCCUCAGUGUGAGUUUACAUCAGCGUGCCAUAUAACUUUAUAAAGCUGAUCUCUGUGCACAGGUUUUAUAAAACACAGGAAGCACCUGUAGAAGUUUCUGGAGCCACUUUAAAAAAAGGAAGAAAUGAAGGAGAUGUGAUAGUUUUUGUCAGAUUGUUUCACCUCAGGUGUUUUUUUGUUUUUUUUUUCCUCUCGCUGCAGCAAAGCAUGAGGUACAUUUUGGAAAAUGACAACACUAAAUGAAAGGAUUUGAAAAAUCUGGUAUAUUAUGCAAAAUCCCAUGAUUUAUUUAUCAUGCAAACAUUGUAUCCACCAAAAUAAUGUGACAACUGAGCGAAAAGUUUUGCACAAAUAAUAAAUCACGGGAUUUUGCAUUAUAUAUUCAGCAAAGGAUGUUUUUUUUCUGCUCUGACUUUAUUUUAUCCUGGCAUUAUUGUUUUUAAAUGCAUGCAAUACUAAUCUCAACUAAUAUCUUCCAACACUGUCCUGAUGGUCGUAAUAAUCACACGUGUGCUCUGGAGGGGACAUAGAAAUAAUGUGUCUCACAGCUAACACUUUAUUUCACAUGGCAGAUGAAUUAGGCGGGUCGGCAGUUGCUACAACCUCUCAUGUCUGUACAAAAACGGAGCUCUUUUUAAAUUUCAUCGUCUAGGCUGGAUCACGCCUGUUAGGCCUAGAGAACUUACAUGUAAACUUGUACAGUACUUCGAAAAUUUGCAUUUCAUUUGAAAAUGAAAAUUACAUUUUGAUACAUCUGUUUCCUUUUUUGUAUUCUAAUUCCAGAGUAAGUUGUUCAAAGAUGUUCAUAUGUGACAAACUUUCCUCUCCUCUAAGUUAUUUAUGUUCUUAUAUGUGCUAGUUGAACUGGAGUUUGCUUAUGAUACUUUUCUCCACCGUCAUCAAUGGUAAAAACAAUUCAGUGUGAUGGAGUUAAUGUUACAUUCUCAUUUUUGUCUUCGUUAUCCUGUGGCAUGGUUUGGGUAGAAGAGCAGAAGAAUAAUGCCUGUAAAUUUUACUUUCUUUUUAAUUUCGUAGUCUUGGUACAGUUUUUAGAUAAACGUGCACUGAAAAUGUCCAAAUUGAGUUGAAAUGUUGUAGGUGAUGUAGGCCGAAAGAACACAAGAUUAAAAAGUAAUACUACUGUCUGAUUUUAAUGUUCACUGUGUUUUAUACAGUAUCGGAAAUUUUUGUUCACUUUGAACAUUUUUACUAAAAAAAAAAUUUCAAAUUGUAUUGUGCAAAGAGAUGUAAUUUUUGGAGUACUUGAAAUGCAUUAAUUAAAAGACUCAUUCAAAAUAAAAUAGACCCCUGUUUACUGUCUGUAAAGUGUGCACUCCUUGGUUUUUAUUGUUUUAUGUAUGCUGAGGUCUGAUACAGAGAAUGAAAUUAGAGGCCACUGAUUUAACAUGAAGAAGCGUUCACAGCUUGAGACUUGAAAUUUACAGCUGCUUGUGUUACAAAUGGAUGUGGAGUUUUAUCAUGGGAAGAGUUGGUUUCAGUGUUUUUGCAACUACUUGGGACUGAAAGUUA